GCAGAUGCGAUUGAAGCUCUGCCAGACAUUUUUGCUCUGGAGCCCUGUGAAGAGAGGGUUUCACAAAUCAUACUCCCAUGGAUAUCCCCUUAUCCCAAUGGUGAUAGAACAGACAGGAAGAGGAGAACGGGCAUAUGACAUCUACUCCAGGCUUCUGAAAGAGCGUAUUAUCUGUCUAAUGGGACCAGUGACUGAUGAGAUGUCAAGUGUUGUAGUUGCCCAGCUCCUGUUCCUGCAGAGUGAGAGCAAUAAGAAACCUGUCCAUUUGUACAUCAAUAGCCCAGGUGGAAGCGUAACGGCUGGGUUGGGAAUUUACGACACAAUGCAGUACAUUUUGCCUCCAAUAGCAACAUGGUGUGUUGGGCAAGCAUGCAGCAUGGCAAGUCUUCUUCUGGCAUCUGGGACCCCUGGAAUGCGCCAUUCCCUUCCCAACGCACGGAUCAUGGUCCAUCAGCCUCGAGGGCAAGCAGUUGGUCAAGCUAGUGAUAUUCAGAUUCAGGCAGAGGAGAUCUUGAAGAUGAAACAGCAACUAAACAAGCUCUACUGCAAGCAUACUGGUCAACAAUAUGCUGCAAUUGAGAAGGCAAUGGAUCGGGAUUAUUUCAUGUCUCCUGAAGAGGCCAAGAAUUUUGGCCUCAUUGACAAGAUCCUAGAACAUCCUCCUGACCCUGGAACAGAAGAGGGAGGUGCUAAUCCAGAAAAAUCUACGUCAACAUUGACACAAGCCUCAUGACCCUAACUUCAAGUCAUGCAAAUAUAAUCUCCUGCUAUGUUUUGUCAUGGUUUCAAAAAUACAUUGCUGUUUGUUUCUGCA